AAAGCUAAAGUGCCCUCUGACCUCUCAUGCUGCAGAUGCUCCACGUAUGUAGCAUCUCUCACACACACUUCCAAACCCAGGAAUACUCAAAGUACAUCGGCAAAGAGACAUAUCGGCUUGGAUUGGAAACCAUGAAGCCCCCCUCCUCCCGCUCCUGUUUCCGCUCAGUGCUGCGGUGACCGUGGAGUGCGCACAGGCACCGUCCGCUGACUCGUCUCUGUCUACUUGUUCUCCCUCCGAGAAACAUGACGCGCGCUUCCCUGGCUGGCGUCGGACUUCUGUCGGUCCUUUUCACCUGUUCUUUAGCAGUGCAGUAUGAGGAGGACUACGAGGAUGUCACUGUGAACCAAAUGCUGGCUCCUAAAUCCCAGGAAACAGACACCACGGAAAUCCUCAAUAAUUUACUCAAAGAGUAUGACAAGAAGCUGAGGCCGGACAUUGGAGUGAAACCGACUAUCAUAGAUGUGGAUAUAUUUGUGAACAGCAUCGGACCGGUGUCUUCAAUCAACAUGGAGUACCAAAUUGACAUCAUCUUCGCCCAGACGUGGACAGACAGCCGCCUCAGAUACAACAGCACAAUGAAAAUACUGACCUUGAACAGCAACAUGGUUGGACUCAUUUGGCUGCCGGACACCAUCUUUAGAAACUCCAAGACCGCAGACUCCCAUUGGAUCACAAUGCCGAACCAGCUGCUCAGGAUAUGGAACGACGGAAAAAUACUUUACACCUUAAGGUUAACUAUAAAUGCUGAGUGCCAGCUGCAGCUGCACAACUUUCCAAUGGAUGAACACUCGUGCCCGCUCAUCUUCUCCAGCUACGGAUACUCGCAAGACGAGAUGAUUUACAAGUGGAGGAAGAACUCAGUGGAGGCGGCCGACCAGAAGUCCUGGCGUCUGUACCAGUUCGACUUCAUGGGCCUCAGAAACACAACGGACGUCAUAAAGACGAUGGCGGGUGACUACGUGGUGAUGACGGUGUACUUUGACCUGAGCAGAAGGAUGGGCUACUUCACCAUCCAGACCUACAUCCCCUGCAUCCUCACUGUGGUUCUCUCCUGGGUUUCCUUCUGGAUCAAAAAGGACGCCACUCCGGCCAGAACAGCUCUAGUGCUGCUUCUGUCGUGUUAUGCCGUUUUUAUUUCUGUGCAUGCUCUUUCUGUUGUUGUGCAGACCACUGGCAUUUAUAAAGGGAUCACCACAGUCCUCACCAUGACCACUCUGAGUAGUGUGGCCAGGACGUCGUUACCCAGAGUGUCUUACAUCACCGCCAUGGACCUUUUCGUCACCGUUUGCUUCCUGUUUGUCUUUGCUGCCUUGAUGGAGUACGCAACGCUAAAUUACUACUCAUACAGCAUUCAGAGGCCGAGCUACAUGGAACCUAAAAGGCUGAACUUCUCUGUGCUGGAUGUGAGACCUCCUCCGCACACCGUCAUCGCUCUAAACAAUGCCAUGUACUGGCAGGAGUUCGAGGACGCCUGCGUCUACGAGUGUCUAGACGGGAAAGACUGCCAGAGCUUCUUUUGCUGCUUUGAAGAAUGCAAAGGAGGCGCCUGGAGAAGAGGAAGAGUCCACAUAGACCUACUGGAACUGGACGCGUACUCGCGUGUGUUUUUCCCCACGUCCUUCUUGCUGUUCAACAUUGUGUACUGGGUCGGAUAUCUCUACCUUUAGUACAACACACUCGGCAGAAAAGUCAGAAAGUAAUGGGUUUUAGUAGUGAUGUAAGGAACUACGACAGCAAAUAAGCUGUUCAGAAGGAGCUACCUGGAUAAGAGAGCAACAUCCAGCCUGUUUCUGCAGGUGGAGGUUUCUUCUGUGGAGACAUUAGGCGUGAUGGUCCAGCACAGCAGAGUUUCCCCUGUGUGUGCUGUGUCGACUCAGAAAGGACUGUGAAGACAAAUGGGCAGCGAGCCGCACACCGGGACCCCAGUCUGCUCAGGCAGGUAGACGUCUCUGUGCUGUAGGAAUACUGUUAUCCAGCCGUCGGUCGAGUCGAGCUGAUGAAAAUCCAAGGACACACAAACCGUUCCUAGUGCCUUCCUUUGGAGGGGUAGAUACCAUCCGUAACAAUAAUCAGGGAGUUAUCAUUUAUAGAGUAAAUCGGAAGAGCCUGGCUUUGACUGAUUAUCAAUAAGUUUAUGAAGUAGUCACGUGGUACAAUAAACACACUUAUUAUUGCAAUACUUUCACUGUUACUUUCAGCUAUUUGAUGGGACUAGCUAUGAGGUGUUACUCGUAUCAAGGUUUUACAUUUUUGGUUUGCAGUCCUUUUAAAACCUUUUACUUCUAAAUUUAAAAUGUCCACCUGGAUAUUUUUUUUACUUAUUUUAAUUCUAUGCAGUUCUUUAAAUGUCCUGUGACUAAAACAAUUACUGUAGUAACCCGAUAUUGGCUGGAAAGCGCAAUGUCUCCCCUUUCAGAAGCAAAAGUUGGAAUUUUGUCAGAUAGAACUACGUGUGGUAGAGUUAAGGUACUGCAAGUUCGGCUGGAUCACUGGCGCUCCGUUUAGGACUUAAAGGUUUAUAUGCCAGACAAAGUUCCAGAGCAAUGUGUGUUUUCUCUGACUGUGUGCAUCAUAGAAAAAUGCAGCUUGUCCCCUCCCCCACCUGUUACUGCACACUGCAGCUGGUUGAACGAAGGCUGCUACCAUUUUGCCUCUGCCUUCACAAAGUAAGACAAACUCGACCGCUUAGAAAUAUUUCUGGACUUGAAAAACACCCAACACCAUAUGAUCCGGUCGGCGUUCCAACCUUAGCACCUCAUUUGUUAGACUUGAUAUAUUUAUUGGGUGUUUAUUCUAUAAACUAUACUCAUAAUUAUAAGUACUUCAGCAGAAAUAUAAAUAAUUGUUGCUUUUCUAUUUACGCACAAGCAGUUAUGUCAAGUUUUAUAUUUUGUAAAUUUUUUUUUUUUACAUUACAACGAUGAAUGACACGUUCUGCCAUUUUUACUCUCGAUUAUAAUCCAUGUUAGUAGCUCUGUUUGUUGGUUUGUUUCUUAAAGGUUAAAGGUUAAGAUUUUUAAGGUAUAUUGGUUUUAAACAUGUUAAUUUAAGGCAGAUGGAUGGACGCCAUGCUAGUGUCGACUCCAUAUUUCAUUCUGUGAGGUGUUGAUGUAGGUUUUCAUUGUAUUUAGGUUUGUAAUGUCAGUUUCUUUCUGGCUUGUUUUCUUAUAGGGAUCAUUUAUUUAGUUUAGUCUGUUUCAGAUAAGGAUAACUUGCCUUAAAACAAAUAUAUAUAAAUGUUUAGUCUG